GUGCGCGUCAAGAGGAUGGUGCGCGUCGCGGCGGAGCUGCUGCUGCUCCUGGGACUACUUCUCCUCACCUUGCACAUCACGGUGCUGCGGUCCAGUCCGCUGCCGCAGGGGAACGUCACCCGGAGCCUGGAGCAGGACACAGCGCUGACAGAGAACAACAUCAACGUAAAAAGCAGCUCCUCGGCCCACCUGGCUCCUGAAGACCGGCGGUCCGGUCCGGAGCACCGGCUGGCCCUGCCCUGGGCGCACGGCAGCAACGUGCACAGGGACGGCGCCGGCACUUUCAUCCUGGAUCUGCAUAACUUCCCCGACCUCUCCAAAGCCGACAUCAAUGGCCAGAAUCCCAACAUCCAGGUGACCAUCGAAGUGGUGGAUGGACUGGAGGGCCACGAGCCGGAGAAGGGCCUCCGCAAGGAAAGCAAACCCAGCUGGGCUUCUCCCAACUGGAGGAACUGGUGGCCUCGCACCUCCUCCUCGUCCUCCUCCUCCACCACCACCACCCAUCAGGCCGGGGAGCACGAGCGCUCCUACGGGAGCAACAGCGAGGACAGCAACUUCCUCCGGCCGCCGGCAGACUGGGACCGGAGAGGAGGCGCCGGGGGAGGAAGCAAAGCUCAAGCGGAAUAUGACUAUAUGGACGGAGAGGGGGACUGGAGUAACUGGUCAGCGUGCAGUGUGACCUGUGGGAACGGGAACCAGAAGAGGACCCGGUCCUGUGGUUACGCCUGCACGGCCACAGAGUCCAGGACCUGCGACAUGCCCAACUGUCCAGGUAUCGAGGAUGCCUUCAAGACAGCAGCGACUGAAGUCAGCCUGUUAGCCGGAACAGAUGAGUUCAAUGCCACAGAGCUCUUUGGUGUCGACACCGACAGCUGUGAGCGAUGGAUGAACUGCAAGAGCGAAUUCCUGAAGAAGUACAUGACCAAGGUGGCAAACGACCUCCCCAGCUGCCCUUGCUCUUACCCGACGGAGGUGGCUUACAGCGUAGCGGAGGUACACGACGCCCCCAGCCAGAAAGAUUUCCGCUGGAAAGACGCCAGCGGGCCGAAAGAGAAGCUGGAGAUCUACAAACCCACCGCACGCUACUGCAUCCGCUCCAUGCUGACGCUGGAGUCCACCACGCUGGCCGCGCAGCACUGUUGCUACGACGACAGCAUGAAGCUCAUCACCCGCGGGAAAGGGGCCGGCACGCCCAACCUCAUCAGCAUAGAGUUCUCAGCUGACCUGCACUAUAAGGUGGACAUCCUGCCCUGGAUCAUCUGCAAAGGGGACUGGAGCCGCUACAACCAGGCCAGGCCGCCCAACAACGGGCAGAAGUGUCCCGACAACCCUCAGGAUGAGGACUACUACAAACAGUUUGAAGAAGCAAGGGAAUUCUAACCCGAUGAAGAGUGAAAGGAAAGAAAAAAACACUGCUCAAAUAUUCAGCUAAAAUGGGGCUGAAGCCUUUUCUUUAUUUUGUCUUAGGUCAAAUAGCUAAUGAACUUUGAGGCUCUGAGGAACCGAGAGGAACAAACACCCAACAGAGUCAGAAACCUUCACUUAGUCACGAGAAACUUUUCUGGACUUUACCAAAACAGGCACGAAAUGUUGCUUUGUUUUUAAUCUUUUUUUUUUAAGAUAGUAUGUCUCUGAAAUUUUGCAAGUAAUUGUGUUUUCAAUUAUAACUCAGUCAGAUUUGGUCAAUAAAGGGAGAAGCGAUUUUUUGUAUUCUUUAAAAAAGGGAAGCGUAUUAUUCUAGGAUUGUCCGUUGAGAUUGUGUCUGUGUUUCGAUGAA